GCGCCUUUCACGCUGUGCUUGAUCGUUCAUAUUCACUCCUUCAAUUUUUCAUCCGAGCCUGGUGCUCUGACAGUCCACUCCUUAGUACUGUUGUCAUAUUGACUCCUCUGACGAGGAAGAUUACAUUCCCUUACAAAAAAUCAAUUUGAUUUUUGAAAAAUACAAACACGUUUCAACGGUUUGAUAUUCAGCCAUUCCUUAAAACGCCUCGAUCAACAUGCGUGCUUCGACUCUUCUUGAACUGGCUGCCCUUGCCGGCUUGAGCAGUGCUCAAACUUAUUCUCUGGUGGACAACUACCCAACUGGCAUGGACUUUUUCUCCAAGUUCAGUUUCUUUACCGACUCCGACCCUACCCAUGGAUUCGUUGAUUAUGUCAGUGAGACCACCGCCAAAAGUGCUGGCUUGAUUUAUGCGAGCGGUAAUGGCACCUACAUUGGUGUUGAUAACACCAAUGUUGCCUCGAGCAGCGGUCGCCAGAGCGUGCGUCUGACCAGCAACGCUGCCUACACCAAGGGGUUGUUCGUUCUUGAUCUGGCUCACAUGCCAGGUUCCGUCUGCGGUUCCUGGCCUGCUUUCUGGACAGUUGGAAGCGACUGGCCAAACAACGGCGAAAUCGACAUUAUCGAAGGUGUCAGCCAGCAAAGCGCCAAUGCCAUGACCCUACACACCAGCAACGGCUGCAGCAUCAACGACUCUGGAUUCACCGGCCACCUCGCCACAAGCAACUGCUACGUCAACGCCGCGGGCCAGGCCAAUAACGCCGGUUGCAGUAUCGAUGCGACUACUUCUGCCACGUACGGAGAUGCGUUCAAUACCAAUGGGGGCGGCAUAUAUGCCAUGGAAUGGACUGAUAACUACAUUCAAGUCUUCGAAUUCAGUCAUGCCACUGCCCCCGCUGAUAUCAACUCCAAUAGCCCUGACCCAAGUAACUGGGGUGAACCUGCGGCUCGCUUCCAGGGUAACUGCGAUAUCGACUCUCACUUCAGUCAACAUCAGAUUGUCUUCGAUAUCACUUUCUGUGGCGACUGGGCCGGCAACGUCUGGAGCUCAAGUACUUGCUCCAGCUACGCAAGCACUUGCAACUCUUAUGUCCAGAACAACCCAUCUGCUUUUACCGAGUCUUAUUGGCUUAUCAAUUCCCUCAAGGUCUACCAAAGUUAGACGGCAUACCUUCUGAAAUACGGAAAAGAACACA